AACAAAGGACAACGGAGCGGAAGAGCGCGAAGGAGGGACUUCCCUUCCCUGCCCCGCCUCCGUGCGAGAAAUGCAGGCUGGAAGCGCGGAGCUCUCUUUGUGCGCAGCGAUGUUGGCGAGCGGGGUUGCAAGGGGGGAGCCUGGAGACAAAGGACACAUCUGGGGGGUCAAGGCUGAGGAUGAAGCAUCUGAAGUAUCACUGGAAAAAGCUGAGGAUCAGGUGCAGGAGCAGAAACUGAGGAGUCAAGAUGGAGCAAAGGGACAAGAGGAAAGACAGACUCACACAGGGGACAAACCUUAUAACUGCUUGGAGUGUGGAAAGAGCUUCAGGUGGAGUAAUGCCCUUAAGGUGCAUCAAAGAAUUCACACAGGGGACAAACCUUAUCAAUGCUUGGAAUGUGGAAAGAGCUUCAGUCAGAGUGGCACCCUUACAUUGCAUCAAAGAUCUCACACAGGGGACAAACCUUAUAAAUGCUUGGAGUGUGGAAAGAGCUUCCGCGACUGUAGAACCCUUACAGUACAUCAAAGAAGUCACACAGGGGACAAACCUUAUAAAUGCUUGGAGUGUGGAAAGAACUUCAGUCAGAGUUGCCACCUUACUUUGCAUCAAAGAACUCACACAGGGGACAAACCUUAUAAAUGCUUGGAGUGUGGAAAGAACUUCAGUCAGAGUUGCCACCUUACUUGGCAUCACAGAACUCAUACAGGGGACAAACCUUAUAAAUGCCUUGUGUGUGGAAAAAGCUUCAGAUGGAGUAACACCCUUACGGUGCAUCAAAGAAUUCACACAGGGGAGAAACCUUAUAAAUGUAUGGAGUGUGGAAAGAGCUUCUGUGAGAGUGGCAAGCUUACUUCGCAUCACAGAACUCAUACAGGGGACAAACCUUAUAAAUGCUUCGAGUGUGUAAAAAGCUUCAGGUGGAGUAAUGUCCUUAAGUUGCAUCAAAACAUUCACACAGGGGACAAACCUUAUAAAUGCUUGGAGUGUGGAAAGAGCUUCAGGUGGAGUAAUGCCCUUAAGGUGCAUCAAAGAAUUCACACAGGGGACAAACCUUAUAAAUGCUUGGAGUGUGGAAAGAGCUUCAGGUGGAGUAAUGUCCUUAAGUUGCAUCAAAAAAUUCACACAGGGGACAAACCUUAUAAAUGCUUGGAGUGUGGAAAGAGCUUCAGGUGGAGUAAUGCCCUUAAGGUGCAUCAAAGAAUUCACACAGGGGACAAACCUUAUAAAUGUAUGGAGUGUGGAAAGAGCUUCUGUGAGAGUGGCAAGCUUACUUCACAUCAAAGAACUCACACAGGAGACAAACCUUAUAAAUGCUUCGAGUGUGGAAAGACCUUCAGUCAGAGUGGCAACCUUAGUAUACAUGAAAGAACUCACACAGGGGACAAACCUUAUAAAUGCUUGGAGUGUGGAAAGAGCUUCUGUGAGAGUGGCAAGCUUACUUCGCAUCACAGAACUCAUACAGGGGACAAACCUUAUAAAUGCUUGGAGUGUGGAAAGAGCUUUAGUCAGAAUGGCAACCUUACUUUGCAUCAAAGAACUCACACAGGGGACAAACCUUAUCAAUGCUUGGAGUGUGGAAAGAGCUUCAGUCAGAGUGGCCACCUUACUUUGCAUCACAGAACUCACACAGGGGACAAACCUUAUCAAUGCUUGAAGUGUGGAAAGAGCUUCAGUCAGUGUGGCCACCUUACUUUGCAUCACAGAACUCACACAGAGGGCAAACCUUAUACGUGCUUAGAAUGUGGAAAGAGCUUCAGUCGGAGUGACAGCCUUUCUUCACAUCACAAAACUCACACAGGAGAAACACCUUAUAAAUGCUUGGAGUGUGGAAAAAGCUUCAGUCGGAGUAGCACCCUUACUUUGCAUCACAGAACUCACACAGGACACAAACCUCAUAAAUGCUUGGAGUGUGGAAAAAGCUUCAGUCUGAGUAGCUACCUUAUUAGGCAUCAAAGAACUCACACAGGGGACAAACCUUAUAAAUGCUUGGAAUGUGGAAAGAGCUUCAGUCGGAGUGACAGCCUUACUUCACAUCACAAAACUCACACAGGGGAGAAACCUUAUAAAUGCUUGGAGUGUGGAAAGAGCUUCAGUCAGAGUGGCAAACUUACUUUGCAUCACAGAACUCACACAGGGGACAAGCCUUAUACAUGCUUGUAGUGUUGAAAGACCUUUCGUCAGAAUGGCUACCUUCAGGUGCAUCAAAGUAUCUGUACAAGGGAAGAGAUUUAUCAAUGCUUUGAAAAGUUUGUUUUUAUUUAUUUAUUAGAUUUAUUAGUGGCCCAUCUGGCUGGUUGUCCAGCCACUCACAACUUCUUGUUGUUGUUAUGUGCCUUCAAGUCGAUUACAACUUAUGGCAACCCUAUGAUUCAGCACCCUCCAAUAGCAUCUGUCAUGAACCACCCUGUUCAGAUCUUGGAAGUCCAGGUCUGUGGCUUCCUUGUUGGAUCAAUCCAUCUCUUGUUUGGUCCUCCUCUUUUUCUCCUCCCUUCUGUUUUUCCGAGCAUUAUUAUCUUUUCUAAAGAAUCAUGUCUUCUCAUUAUGUCAAGAUGUCGAUCGGGAAGGGUGCGGCAGUGGAAGCUCUGUGAAGUCUCCUGAAUGUUGUGGGAGGAGCAGCUGCCGGAGUUGUCGACUCGCUUUGUUUGGCACCUCUCUGUCCCCAGGACUUUAAGUACCAGCUUGGGUGACGACAAGCGAGGUGGGAGAGGAACGGGCGAGAAACAGGCGAGACAAGGCAUUUCGACCUAGCAUUCUGACCGCCGCGGCUGUUGCCACCUCUCCGGUGUGUUCCAGGAUUAGCGAAGUGGCUAGCGUGGUUGCCGGAGUGUACGGGUCUGAUGUUAUGGUUUUCCCCGUGAAAUUUUCUGGGGAGCGGAGGUUCCACGGCUCGUUUGGCUCUCCUCUACAUCUGUUUUUUCGGCUGAGCUUUGUGCAUCAUCAUCCCUCCCUGUUGGAUUGCUGUUCUUUGAUUGGUACCACACCCUACAGGAUUGGGUCCCAGGAACUUAGCCGGCUAUGGUUACCCUUUGGAGGAACUUGGGAGACCUUCUGCCUGCAGGAAGAGGAACACCGCUGCUGUUUAGGGAGAGAGUGCAGCUAUUUUAGCUCUUACAUAUAGCACUUUGUUCCAGCUGCCUAGGGAGCGAGAGCUAUUAUUGCUGCCUGCUGUUGUUUCUCUUUGGCUGUUAUUCAACUUCCUGUUGAAUUGCUUCUGCUGGGCAGGUGACACAUCCUGCAGGACUGGGCCCGGAUACUCAGCCAGCUGUGAAUAGCUUUUUUUCCAUCUGUCCACUGUCUGAGUGGCUUUAGGAGACCUUCUGCCUGCAAGAAGACGAACAUCGUUGCUGUUUAGCUACUACUUACAGUAUUUCAUUUUAGUUAUAAAUUGCAGUGGCUAUUGCCUGUGUAGGGGGUUGGGGGUGUGUGUGGUGUGCGUGUGUGUGCAUGUGUGUGCGUGGUAUGUGUAAGUGUAGCCCUCUGCCAUGUGCCUGGGAGAGAGGAUUAGAGUUUAGUUGGCCUCCCCCUGACACACACAUGCCAUGUCACCUGAUGGUCCAAAUAAGGGGACCUACCUGCCUUCUUGAUCUCCCCUCACCAAUUAAAUUAGCAUUCAUUAUUAGUGGCCAAGCUAAGAGCAGGAGCUGCAGGGAGAUUCCUGGUCUCCGCUCUCUUGCAAAGAAGGCUCACCCUUGUCCCUUCCCAGCCUCCACACGCUCUGCUUGGUGCUGAUGCUGGAGGCCAGGGCGGGUGGGGGCUCCUUCUCGGGUGGUGUUGAGCCUCAGCUAACCCAGAAAGGACAGGAAGGGGGCAGGUAUGAGUUUCAGGCGCCUCCUCUGCCAGAAGAAGCAGAGUUGGGGAUUGUUGUGUCUGAGCAGGACCUUGCGGGAGGGGGUCAGCCUGCACUCCAGCCAGUUCCCAUGGGUAGCGCACUCUCCGAGGAACAGAGCACGCCGCCCUCAGCUGAUGCAGAGGACUUGUUGGGGGAAGCUCCAGAGACAGCGCCAGCUCCUCCCUUGCCAAGCAGUUCCCAGGGGGAUACCAGUGUGGCACAGCCCCCUGACCUCGAGCCCGUUGCUCAGGAGCAGGUGUCUUCCGAUGAGCUGUUGGAUGCGCGUCCCCUGUCUCCUCGUUCCCACCGCCACAAGAAAUGGACAGGGCAAAGACAGGAAUUACGAAGGAGUCAGAGAUUACGUUCGAAAACAUUUCCUACAUAAGCCUGCCACUCCCAGUAGGGAGUCAUUGAGUCAACUUCCUUCACACGCUGCAGAGCAUGUCUAGAGUAUAGUUAGGGAUUCUAGUGAGUUAGCGCAGGGUUUCCUCUGAAGCGCAAUGCCUUUGAUGUAUCCAUUACUCUAAUAAAACGAGAUUUACUUGCACCCACACUUCAGCCUCAUUCGUCCGGCUCUGGAUGGGACAGGUGGGGGGCAAAUUCAACUAGGAGAUGACUGUUGAGUGAAAGAACUGCGAAGCCAGUUCAGGUCUGGUCCUGCAAGCAAAUUCCCAGGCUCAGAAUGUGCACCUGGUGUAGUAGUAGUAGUAGUAAUAAUAAAGUCUUCUGCAGCUGAC